AUGUCUAUUUUUUCCUUAAAUAAAAAUAUUUUUGAAGAAACUCAUAUAGAAAAUACUCAAUUACAAGCAGACCUUUCAAAUUUACAGUUUCAAUUUUUAGUUCAAGAAGAUGAUAAUUUAUCUUUAUUUGAAACAUCUGAAAUUUUAGAAACUACAGAAAAUGAUCUUUUAGAAAAUGAG